CUAUCCCCCCCCUCUUACCCCCUUUCCCCCCUGCAGCUAUAGCUCUAUCCCCCCCUGCAGCUACAGCCCUAUCCCCUCCCUGCAGCCAUAGCUAUACCAUAUACCCCAAACCCUUCUCCCACCCGGCAGCUGUGUCUCUGGAUCCUAUGUUCCUGAUUCUGUCCCCAGGCCCUGUCACACCCCCUCACUCAGUGUUAUUUCCUCCUCCCCCAUAGUGUUUGAUCCCCUCCCAGAUCUUGUGCAUCCUCCUUGGCUAUAGAUAAUUCCACGCCCUGCAGCCUUAUAGUGCCCCCGUUUUUCUGCCACCUGUAGACCCGCUCACCAGCAUCCUGCCCCCUCCACUUUCCCCCCUUCCCGUGGCCCCCUCGUGCCCCCCCUCCUUGGACUCUUCCUCCACCUCCUCCACUUUGGGGAUGACGGCUGGGGAGUUUCCGCAUGGGGGUCAGGGGGGGCUGCUGCGCGGGGGCCCGGGCUGUGCAUUGCGCGGCUGCUACAAGGCGCUCUCCCUGCUGCUGCUCCUGGCACAGGGUGCCCUGCUGGACCUCUAUCUCAUAGCUGGCACAGACUUGUAUUGGUGCUCCUGGAUCGCCACUGACCUGGUGGUGGUAGCUGGAUGGGGCAUCUUCUACUCCAAGAACAGCCGGGGUCAGAGUGCGUUCCAGGGCUCCCUCAGCAGCAGCGGCUACGGCCAGGUUCAGCGGCCCAAGAAAGGACAGUUUGCGUACAGCCACCUGGCCUGGCUCAUCUAUGCCAUAGCGUUCACCCCGAAAGUGGCGCUGAUACUCUGCACCCCCAUCGUGGACCAGAUUGAGGCUGGGGUACCGUUGGGCAGCACCGGAUUCAGACUCACUGUGGCCCUCUCCGUCCCUCUCCUGUGGGCCCUAGUGCGCUCGCUCAGUGUUGACCCACGGGGAUGGCCGCACCAGAGGGCCACCGGAUGCUUCCUUGCCUCCUGCUUGGACCUACUUGACAGCUAUGCUCUCCUGCAACACAUGCUGGAAGGAAAACUGCCCCUCACUCCACUUAUCCGCUACCCUUUGCUGGCUGUAUACUUUGUGGCCCUGGCCUCCCCCGUCCUCUGGUUGUCCGAGCUGGACUCCGGAGCCCCCGCCGGCUGCUGCCGACUCUUCCUGCGCCUCCUCUCAGGAUCUCUGGUGGAUGCUCCGCUCUUGGCUCUUCGCUGCUUCCUGAUGUUGGGUCCGGCCAACCAACCUGCCUCCGUCUUCAUGCUGAAGAAUGUCUUCUUCUUGACCUGCCGCUGGCUGGAAGUCCUGGAGCUGUGCUGUCUCCUGAGGUCUCCAGGCCCUGACCAUACAGUCCGGCCCCCGGGUCAGUUCAGCCACUGUGUGUCGGAAAAUGACAUGGGGCCUCACGCCUACGUCAACACGCUGGCGGUGACGUCGCAGAAGUGAGCUUGGUGCGACGCAAAGGCCUACAGACCUGGAAGGCAACCCCACUCCUGGGGGCUCAUUCUCCGGUGGAUCUGUCUGUUCUUCUCUUGCCAACACUGCCAUGUGAUAAUAUCAGGGGCUGACUGUACCCGGGUGCCUGCCCAGAUCACUCACAUCAGCCCCUGAAGUCUAUCUGUAGGAGAACUACAAGUACCACAAGAUCUCGCCCCUGUAUUCUGCUCCAAUCGGGUUAAACGUCCGCUAUCCAGAUGUUAAAAGUACUAUUGUAUGUCAUUUGUGUGCUUGAAGUGGGAGUGCCCCUAUCCUGCAUGGAAUUUAAUGUAGGAACAGCAGAUCUCGGUGUUGACCAUAUAUGUGAGUGAUGGCUGGUACGUGGUGUCGGAGGCUGGGAGAAGAUGAAUACGGUGUAAUGGAGAACUGACGACCAAUGCACACCUCUCUGGUUCAGUCUUGUGAGAUGAAAAUGACUUGUCAGUGAAAUUCUGGUGGGGCUGAAGUAAUGGUAAGGCACACUAGCCAGUUGCCUAAGGAGGCUGAGAGCAUCUGGAGCUCACCUGCCAUGGGGAGGGUGUGUUGGUACAUGUAGUUCCACAACAGCAAAGUGGCUAUCUCGGCUCCAAGGCUUCAGUAUUGAUUUAUAUUUAUAUAGAGAUUUUAGAAGUGUUAUAUUUUGGGAAGGCGUUUUCAGCCAGUAGGAAUAAACAGAGUUUAUGUUGUUGGCCUAAAGCUGACCAAUUAAAAAUCCCAUCUUCACUCUCUAAUUCUUCCCCCUGUUCCUCUUCAGUCUCUCAUUCUUCCACUUGUUCCUCUUCAGUUUCUAAUUCUUCCCCCUGUUCCUCUUCAGUUUCUAAUUCUUCCCCCUGUUCCUCUUCAGUUUCUAAUUCUUCCACCUGUUCCUCUUCACUCUCUCUAAUUCUUCCACCUGUUCCUCUUCACUCUCUCUAAUUCUUCCACCUGUUCCUCUUCACUCUCUAAUUCUUCCCCCCUGUUCCUCUUCACUCUCUAAUUUUCCCCCGUUCCUCUUCACUCUCUCUAAUUCUUCCCCCUGUUCCUCUUCAGUCUCUCAUUCUUCCCCCUCUUCCUCUUCAGUUUCUAAUUCUUCCCCCCUGUUCCUCUUCACUCCCUAAUUUUCCCCCGUUCCUCUUCACUCUCUCUAAUUCUUCCCCCCUCUUCCUCUUCACUCUCUCUAAUUCUUCCCCCCUCUUCCUCUUCACUCUCUCUAAUUCUUCCCCCCUCUUCCUCUUCACUCUCUCUAAUUCUUCCCCCCUCUUCCUCUUCACUCUCUCUAAUUCUUCCCCCCUCUUCCUCUUCACUCUCUCUAAUCCCCCCCCCCCUCUUCCCUCUAUAAUUCUUCCCCCCCUCUUCCUCUUCACUCUCUCUAAUUCUUCCCCCUGUUGCUGUUGGAUAUGUAACAACAGCCUUACCCACAAGUCUCCCACCUAUGGCAUAUACCUGUACAUUUAUUUUUUAAAUCAGAUACUUUGUACAGAGCACAUGUUAUUUUGAUUCAUUUAUAUUCAGCCAUUCAUAGUAUCAGCCCAAGAAAGGACCGUCGCUAUGAACGACCUAUUCAUUCCCUACUGCCUUAUGGAUAAAAUAAUAUCUUAAUUUCCCUACUGCCUUAUGGAUGAAAUAAAGCAUUUAUACUUAUCAGCUUCUCUGCAGAAACUGGAUUGGGAUGAUUCUGGCUGCCAGAACCUCUUGUUAUGUUUAAGUCAGAGCUGCAGGGGAAGCUGAUUAAGUCAUGAGAAAUUCCUUGUUCCACUUUCUUGUUACACGCAGAUCAGCAUUCACAAGUGCUCUCUUUCCACCAUAAGAAAUCAACCACAGCGUUCAUGUUUACCUUCAGUACUGAUUGAUUAGACAAGCUUGUAAACAAUUUUGAGAAAUGUUUCCUGUUACCAUACGUGUACUGGGCAUUAACCUGUGCUGCGCUGGAGACUGAACGCUAGUAUUAGGGAGGUUGGUGGUACAAUUACCUUUGUCAUCUUUUCAUUUUUAGUUUCAUGAAUAAUUGCAAUGGCUUUGUUCUUACCACCAGAUGACUUUCGUAGCUAGUGCAUGCAAUCCUGCAACUUUUACUAUACACCGUUUUGUAUUAUGUCUCAAUCUGACUCUCUUCCGUGCCUUUCAGCCUUGUCUGUAUAUGUUACAGAUUGGGUUGUUUAUUUUACUGCCCUUGGAAGUGAUCUGUAGACACAGUUGUAGGCAUAUGAUUGAGUGCAACAACAGAUCUAUGAUCCACUCAAGGGAAAACAAGAUAAACAUCCCCACGUAGAUGCUAUAAAGUGUUUGCUGAAAAGCACAGAUGGGAUAUAUUUGAUUGGCACAAUGAUUUUUGGUACAUGUAGUUUUUCUAUUGGCGUGUGCUUCACGUUCUUACUUUCUGUGGAUAAAACGUGGUGAAAUAAUGAGAUAUACUGGUACCAGUCACACCCAGUGUCAUAUGCAUUU